AGCAGCGUCUGACGGCUGCAUCCUUUGCUGUAGCAACCCAGCUGCUCCUCCAUCCCUCUCUUCCUCGCCUGCAUCUGACAACCCGGCUACAGGAGCCUUUUGUGUCUCUGCGGGGGCCAUUGUUGUCUCUCCCCUCUUUGGAGCCAACGCAACACCGUGGACAUGAUGGUCAACAAAGAGCGGCGAGGCGUGAAUUUCAAAGGCUUGCUGAAGAGGAAUUGGCUUCUGAUUGCCACGGUUUUAUCAGUGCUGCUCGGGAUCAGUUUGGGGGUCGUGGUCAGAGAGUAUGCAUCCCUCUCUCAGCUCCACAAGCAGUACUUUGGCUUCCCAGGGGAGAUUCUAAUGCGAAUGCUGAAGCUGGUCAUCCUGCCUCUCAUCAUUUCGAGCAUGAUAACAGGUGUAGCAGCGCUGGACUCUGAGGUAUCAGGAAAGAUCGGACUGCGAGCCGUUAUCUAUUACUUCUCAACAACCAUCAUCGCAGUUAUUCUCGGAAUUAUUUUGGUGAUGACGAUCAAACCAGGAGUAUCGCAGACAGCGGAUCACAUUGACAGAGCCGGGACCACACCCAACGUCACCACAGUGGACACACUCUUGGACCUCAUCAGAAACAUGUUUCCAGAAAACCUGGUACAGGCUUGUUUUCAGCAGUACAAGACAAAACGCAAAGAGCUGGAACCUCUGAAAGCUUCACCUGACCCAACCAGUGCUCCAGCUCUCACAACUACCCUCAUGGAGGCAGUAGAGAAUAUCACCAAGAACUAUAAAAUCAUUGGGGCAUAUUCGGACGGAAUCAACGUGUUGGGGCUUAUCGUGUUCUGUGUCGCCUUUGGCCUCGUCAUCGGGAAGAUGGGGGAAAAGGGACGGAUCCUCCUGGAAUUUUUCGAUGCACUGAAUGAAGCAACUAUGAAAUUGGUCCAUAUAAUAAUGUGCUACAUGCCAAUAGGGAUCCUGUUCCUAAUUGCUGCUAAGAUCAUUGAGGUGGAUGAUUGGGAGAUCUUCAAGAAGAUGGGUCUUUACAUGGUGACUGUGCUGAGUGGUCUAGCAAUCCACGGUAUCGUCUGUCUUCCACUCAUCUACUUUGUCAUCGUGAGGAAGAACCCGUACACAUUCUCACUGGGAAUGGCUCAGGCCCUGGUGACAGCGCUCAUGAUCUCCUCAAGCUCUGCCACUCUACCCGUCACCUUCCGAUGUGCCGAGGAGAACAAUCGCAUCGACAAGCGAAUCACACGCUUCGUCCUCCCAGUGGGGGCCACCAUUAACAUGGACGGCACGGCGCUCUAUGAGGCGGUGGCUGCCAUCUUCAUCGCCCAGCUGAAUGACUAUGCGCUAGAUGUGGGCCAGAUUGUUACCAUCAGUAUCACAGCAACGGUUGCCAGUAUUGGAGCAGCGGGAGUCCCUAACGCUGGCCUUGUCACCAUGGUGAUAGUCUUAACAGCCGUAGGUUUACCCGCAAGUGAUGUCACACUGAUUGUGGCUGUGGAUUGGCUCCUGGAUCGGUUCCGUACUAUGAUCAACGUGCUGGGUGACGCUUACGGCGCCGGUAUUGUCCAGAAACUAUCCAAGAGGGAACUGGAGAGGAUGGAUCUGACAUCAGACGUGGACGUCGCCAACCCCUUUGCUCUGGAAGCCACUCUGGAUGACGAAGAGAGCGAGAAGAAAUCCUACGUGAACGGAGGCUUCACCGUCGACAAGACGGAUGCAAUCUCCUUCACUGAAACCUCCCAGUUUUAGCCUUUGGCUGGCUCAGGGGGGGGGGGGGGGCAGAGAGAGUGGCACGCUAGUGGGGAUGCAAAGCAGAGAGCUUUCCAUCAUGUAUCAGCACCUUGACGCGAGAGGAAAAAUGAUCCAGCCAGACCCAUCCAAGCUCAGACAUCAGCAAUAGCAGCCUCCAUUAAGAUUAUCUGAGAGGAUCACCCUUCAUGUUGGGCAACCAUGACUAGAUUACAGUGCUUCCCUCUUACUCAAAGUGUGCCAAGAUUAAGAAAAGUCAGUCUUCUUCUGAAUAAGUGUCUCCUUCAUGCAAAGAUGCACUUAAAGGUUAUGUGUGAGUGUGUGUGUGUGUGUUAUGUGCGUGUGUGUGCGCAUGAGGAUGUAUCUUAUGUGUGUAUAUUAAAACAAAUAUAUAAAUUCAUUCAUGUACUUUUUUUGCUACUUGAAAGGACAUGAAUUCUCUAAAAUGUCUGAAUGAUCUUGCGUGGCUGUUGUGAAAUGUCUAUUACCCAUGAUGCACUGCUUGUAUAGCUAUCUGUAUAUUUAAACUGUGCCAAACAUAUAAAUAGUUUUUACAUCGACUUGCAUGAGGCAAUAUGUUAAGAAAUAGGGGUGGCUGGCUGCAGACUGGUCUUUUAAUGGAGACUUCACAGACACUGGAAAUGGUCCACAAAGGCUUAUGAAGUCAACGAACACUGUGAAACUUUUUAUUUCAGAACCAAAUCGAUCAAAUCUGUUGAUGCAUUACAAAAAUAAUUCAUAAAUAUCAUCUGUAUUCAGGCAUUGUGGAGAAAACCUAUUGGAUAAGGCUGAUUGUAACCUGAACAAUUUCAUUGUCAGCUCAUGGAUCUAUACGUCAAUAAUCUGAUUAGCAAGGUUUAUCAUUCUAUGUUCCUUUUUCAUUUUGACCAUGUUGUGGGAUUGAAAUAUGUUCAGAUGCUACGGCAGCUCUCCUAUCACAUAGAUGCAUGACAAGCUUUCAUCUGUUGAACAAAAUGAAGUUGGUUAUAAACAUUUUUGGUAAAAACAAGACAAAACCUUUGAGUACAUUUGGUCGGUCAAGGAACAGGUUGACAUUUUGCGAAAUACACAUGACACAUUUUCUUCCCAGAGGGAGCUGGGACGAUCAGCAUCUCUCUCCCAUCUGAUUUCGAUAUUGUGCCCACCAUUAUUACACUAUAACUUAACUGGAAUUCUCUUAACAUUUAACAUUCGAAAUUUUUGAACUGGGCCAUGUUUGACAUAGUUAGAGAGCCAUUAGUUUAAAAUCUCUAAUACCAUGCUGGCUGUAUGACACACAUCUCUAAAAAGCCAGUAGCAUUCAUGCAUACACACUUGAACAUAUCAAGACAGUUGUGUUGUCACAUUUACACAACCACAAGGUUAAUGCUUCCAACAGUUUCAGUUGACAUGGUUACUUCCAAUUUACAAAGAGGGAAGUAUUAAAUAUAAUAGUAAAAAAAAGUAAUAAAUAAAAAAGUAAUAAAUAAAUAUUAAUUAACUGUAUCCAUUAGAUAAAUAAGAUUGGCAUUAGUUCAAGAGUUGAGAAACCGUGUGUACUAGAAGUAGAACAUUUGGACAAAGGAGUUUUUAUGUCAAAGUGACCAUUGAAAGUACUCCCAGGUCCUGGUCUUGUUCUCCUGAAAUAACUGCAUAGGGUUGUUGCAAAAAUGGCUGCCGAGUGGCAAGACUUUCUUAUGAGGAGUUUGGUAUGGAAGAGAUAUCCCAAAAUGUAUUCCUUUUUUGACACCGUCCUAGUUUAGUGCUGUAAAACUCAGAUCAGCAGAGCAGAAAGACCCAGUCCUCAAAACCAUCUGGUCUGUAGCCAUUGGGCAUUUUCACACCUGAAAGUCUGGACAAUGGUCUGAACCGAGCUUCACGUCUUUGGUUAGUUACAUUGUAAUUUAUACUUCCUGUUUUCAUUACUCAUUUGGUUUGUAUAGGCCUACUUGAAAUUGGUAUGUAGACGGUCAUGUGACUUAGGUCGGCGUGUUGUCAAUUCGGCCGUCGUUUUGCAAACAUUUGAAUAAAAAAAUGGGCUUUUCGUUUGAAUGGAGAAAAUAAAUCUUCAUUGCCUC